AUGUCAUACCCGCUAUGGAAUAUAUCCAACCUGACUGCCUUAUGCCUACUCGGAGACGCUUGGGUAAAGUCGGGAAAUGCUGCGCACGUUAGCCACAUGUUUGAGCUAUCACCAGGGCUUGAGUACCUGGAAAUCCCCCUCAAAUUUCAUAACCUCGCGAAAUGCAGGUUCCCCCGCCUCAAGAAGCUGAAAUUGUCGCUCCAAUCUGGCGCUACGUCUUCAAUUGACGAGUCACGUGCACGAUUCCUGGAGAACCAUCCAACGAUUGAGGAACUGACUUGGUUCCCGAGCGGCAUUCCCAACCUCGCUCCUGGUAGCUUGCCCAUCUUGAAGUGCCUCAGGACGAGCCUUCAGGUGGUCAUCGCGCUUGAUCAGCUUUCCCAAGAUCAUGUUAUACCGGUUGAGAAACUCGUUGAUCAGGUUUCACCACAAUGA